UGGUAGAACAGAUGAGCAGAUAGACAGUGUACAGUUCACCUCAGCUUUAGGCACACUAGUGCUUCCGUCCUUAAUGUUGUUCCAUGGCUGUGGUGUUUAAAAUCUGUAUUCUCAGCUACAGGAUCUUCAACUUUAUUAGUCUGUAACUGUCUUACAUUUCACCUUUAAUUUUUUUAUUUGCCCUGUUUUUGUCAAACAACGCUCAAUGGAGGACGCUGUAACACCCUAACAUGACGUUGGGGGCCUAGCUAGCUUCUAGUGUGAAGUUGGUCAUCUGGGUCAGCUGUGCUUGUCCACUGACUGGGAACAGCUGAUAAUUGAAAAUGCGGUACUGGCUGAUAGUUUUUGCACUGUGGACCUUUCCAGCUGGAUCUCUCCUUAUGACUUCAUCCUGCCUCAAUGGAGAGUACAUGAUGAACGUGGUGUUACUGCAGGACGGCGUCUCACCCUGGAGUAUGGAGUUUGUGCAGCCAUAUGUGGUAGAUGCUAUUGAAGAAGACGCCCAAAUCAACUUAAAUUAUAGUGUGAAUCGCAAUCUCACUGCCAGCUACAAUGGCUUUCAGACCAUGUAUUACCUGCAGAAAGGCUGCACCAGUAGCACCUGUGAGGCUGUAGAGACCCUGAAAAUUCUAAAGGAUUCAAAAAUGGUGGGCUGUGCUCUGCUGGGGCCAACCUGUACUUAUGCAACCUUCCAGCUGGUGGAUCUUGACGUUGGUCUGGAGCUCAAUAUGCCCAUCAUCUCAGCGGGAAGCUUUGGUCUGUCAUGUGACUACAAGACUAACCUGACACGCUUAUUGCCUCCUGCUCGCAAAGUUGCCAGCUUCUUUAUCAACUUCUGGAACUUUACAGACCAUCUGAAGCCAGUUUGGAAAAAUACAUACAUCUACAAGAAAACCGAGAAUACAGAGGAUUGCUUCUGGUACAUGAAUGCACUUGAGUCUGAUUCAGGACCCUUUGCUCACUACGCUGAGAAGCGAGAGAUUCUAAGAACGGAAGAUAAGCUCAGUGCUGCUAUGACAGACAGUCGAAGGACUAGUAACUUGUUCAUUUUAUGUGGCACUCCUGAUGACAUAAUUGAUUUGAAGAAUGGAUCCAUGGACUCUGACCCACGCACUGCUUUUCUUCUGAUCGAUCUGUACAGUGACAGAUACUACACUGAAGCGUCCAAUUCUGCUAUGAGGAAUGUCCUGGUGUUGACCAUGCCCAAUACAAGGAACUACACCGUCAGCACAAACAACACGAUGAACGAUUAUAUUGCAGCAUAUCAUGACGGGGUGCUGCUGUUUGGUCAGAUUAUGAGGGCAAUCUGGAGCAUUCCCGCAUUAGAACUUCAAGACGUAGAAUCCGUCAACAUCAACUACUUUAGAAACGUGUCGUUUAAAGGGAUGGCAGGAGUUUAUGAGUUAGAUGAGCAUGGUGAUAGAGAUGUGGUGUUUUCACUGAUUUACACCAAUGCCAACAAUGAGUACAAAGUUCUUUAUGAGUUCAACACCACGGUUAAUCAAACAGAGCUGGUCGAGAACAACCCCUCCUUUAUCUGGCUCUCCGGGCUCCUUCCUGACGAUCGGCCCAAUAGUGAUCGCAAAGGUCUGUGGAUGCAGGAGAUCAUUGUUAUAGUACUGGGAUCCAUAAUUGUAGCAGUAAUAGCUUCAGUUGCAUUCGGCUUCUACUGGCAGAACAGGUCAUACCGCCAAAAGCAGAGGCAAUGGUCCCACAUCCCUACAGAGCUCAUCACACCUAUAGAGUUUAGUGAGAGGAGCAUGGUGUCUUUAAAGAUUGAUGAAGAUUCACGGAAGGAUAAACGCUACAAAAUCCGCUGUGCACGAUACGAUAAAAAGAUUGUGUUCCUUAAGAAGGUGAAGCACUCGGACGGCUCCUUCAGCGAAAGUCAGAGAAUAGAGCUUAAUGCACUGUUGCAAAUAGAUUAUUACAACCUGAUAAAAUUCUAUGGCACCAUCAAGCUGGAGCAAGAAGUUCUUGGAGUGUUUGAGUAUGGUGAGCGAGGAUCUCUGAGGUACCUACUUGAUGACAGGAUUUCAUACCCAGAGGAAACCUUCAUGGACUGGGAGUACAAAAUCUCUGUCAUGUAUGACAUUGCAAAGGGCAUGUCCUACCUUCACUCGAGCAAAAUUGAAGUCCAUGGUCACCUGAAAUCCACCAACUGUGUGAUUGACAAUCGUAUGGUGGUGAAAAUCACUGGUUUUGGCUUUAAUACCAUUUUCAGCCCAGACAGAGAUCUUUGGACUGCCCCAGAACACCUACGGAAAGAGGGGAUCUCUCAGAAAGGGGAUGUCUAUAGUUUUGCCAUAAUUGCGCAGGAAAUCAUGCUGAGACAGUGCACAUUCUACACCAGAGACUGUUCAGACCAAGCUGAAAAGCUGGGUCAUGUUCAGUAUCCCAGAAUGAUGUCUUAUUUUAGACCUGAUCUGAACUUUGAAACUGCGAGUGAGAAAGAAUUGGAGGUCUUCAUGCUAAUCAGAAACUGUUGGGAUGAGGAUCCUGAGAGAAGACCAGAUUUCAAAAAGAUUGAAAGCACUUUGGGAAAGAUUGUCAGUCUGCAUAACCAGGCCAAUGAGAGCUACAUGGGUAAUCUGAUCCGGCGGCUGCAGAUGUACUCCCGUAACCUGGAGCACCUGGUGGAAGAGCGCACCGCCCUCUACAAGGCAGAGAGAGACAGAGCGGAUAAUCUUAACUUCAUGCUGCUUCCAGGGCCUGUGGUGCGCUCUCUGAAGGAGACGGGCAGGGUUCAGCCUGAGCUGUUUGAAGAGGUCACGAUCUACUUCAGUGACAUUGUGGGCUUCACCACUCUUUGCCACUACAGCACACCUAUGGAGGUGGUGGACAUGCUUAACGACAUUUACAAACACUUCGACAGCAUCCUUGACCAUCAUGAUGUUUACAAGGUCGAGACCAUAGGUGACGCGUACAUGGUGGCCUCUGGUCUCCCGAGGAGAAAUGGGAAUAGACACGCUAUGGACAUUUCCCACAUGGCGCUGGACAUCCUGUCAUUUGUGGGCACGUUUGAGCUACGCCACCUGCCUGGCCUGCCCCUAUGGAUUCGUAUAGGGGUGCACUCAGGCCCGUGUGCUGCAGGUGUGGUGGGGCUUAAGAUGCCCAGGUACUGCCUGUUUGGAGACACAGUGAACACGGCCUCUCGAAUGGAGUCGACAGGAUUACCCCUGCGAAUCCAUGUGAGUCAGUCAACCAUCAACAUUCUCAAGCGUGCCAACUGCAAGUUUGAGUGUGAGAUGCGGGGAGAGACAUAUUUAAAGGGUAAAGGCAAGGAGAUGACAUACUGGUUAACAGGAGUCACAGGGAAAAACUACAACCUGCCAGUACCCCCAACCGCAGAAAACUUUCAGCGACUGCAGCAGGACCUGGCCCAGAUGAUAAAGAUGAGUCUAGAAAAGCGAUUUCCGAGGCUGGAGAGGAGGAAAACUCUUUCAGCACGGCAGAGGAGACUCAGAGGAAACUCCAUGUUGGGUGAUUCAGAGCAGCCAGAGUACCUGCAGCUGGUUACUGUAGAUAAUGUGAGCACUUACCUGUAGCACCUCAGUACACUCUCAGUAACAACCACACCACAGUAAAACACUGCUGCCCACCGUCCAAUUCUGUACGUACUUUAUACCUCCUAUUCCCUAGUUCUAUUCUAUUGAUAUGCUAGUUUUAACUUUGCCUGAGUACUUUGUUUCUGUUUGUUUCUUUGUGCUCUGUUUGAAGUUGGCUGUAACAUUUACUGACAAAAUGAAUGUGCGUUUUAAGAUACAGUUUUCAGUCAUAUAAUGAAUAGGUGUAAUAUAACCCAUAUUUUAUUGUUAUGAUACAUCUCUAUUAAUGCAUGCAAUAAUAUCAGGAUCAGCACUUAGACAAUUGCACUUACAGACAUAUUUAGAUAUUUACUGAUAUUUAAUUUUUAUUUAUUGUACUCUAGACUUUUAGUCCCAAAUUCAACAUUUUAUAUACGUCAAUUUACAAUCACUAUCUUAAUGCAAUUUUUUAAAUUGUGUGGUUAGGUGUCAGUUUUUAUUUAUUUACUAAAUUUAAUGUUAUGUUUUAUAUAUUUCUCAAUUUUGUACUUAACUACUGUAUAUUUUGCCAUAUUGCUCACCCGUACUAUCACAAUUUCUUUCAACAACAAAAACACUUCAUUAAAACUUUUCUUUUAUUUGAAAAAAGAAUUUAUUUGAAUGCUGCGUUUAUCCGCUAGUCACACAACGAUGCAUGGAUUUUCUAGUGUAAAUGUGAUUGUUUUGUAUGCUUAACAAAAUAGUCUUGGAAAAUGCACUGAUCCAAAUUUCUUUGGUCUAUGUACAAUAUUUAUGAACAAUAAAUGUUAAGACUACAAACUUGA